AUGUGCACGAGUUCAAAACCCAGCAGUAAACCCAACGCCAGCGGCGGUGCUCCCAGCAUCCAGAGUUGGGUCCAGACCGUAUCGGCGCCAUACCGGCAACACUACCAAGCAAGGCGCCGCUCCUCGUCAGGAAGACUCGAGACGGCGAACGAGGCUCGGUCCGCCUGCGGAGACGUCGCCGUCGGCCCCUUCGGAAGAGAGGCGGGGCCGCAGGCCGAGGAGGGCGGGGGCGCCGCCGCUCGCCGGGCCCAGCUGCUUUCGGGGCUGCGAUGGGGCCGGCUGGAGGAGCCCCUGGGAUUCAUUAAGGUGCUGGAGUGGCUAUUUGCCAUUUUUGCCUUUGGAGCCUGUGGUUCUUUCAGUGCAGAAACAGGGGCUACUGUGAAAUGCAAUGCGGACCCUAAAGAGACGACUGCUAUCACUGUGCAGUUUGGAUAUCCUUUCAGGUUGUAUAAGGUUCCAUUUGAGAUGCCAGACUGUAUUGAAGGAUCUACUGCUAAAAGAGUACUACAUCUCAUGGGAGAUUUCUCAGCACCUGCAGAGUUCUUUGUGACCUUGGGUGUUUUUUCGUUCCUUUAUACCAUGGCAGCACUUGCAGUCUAUCUACGAUUCCACUCCCUCUACAAAGAGAAUAAGAAGCUACCUUUUGCAGAUUUCUGUGUGACUGUCUCAUUUACCUUUUUCUGGCUCGUGGCAUUUUCAGCUUGGGGCAAAGGUCUGUCAGAUGUGAAAGGAGCUACCCGGCCUUCCAGUCUCAUUGCUGCCAUGUCGGUGUGUCAGCUCAAAACUGCGGUGUGCAAUGCAGGGGCCACUCCAUCUAUGGGUCUGGCCAAUAUCUCUGUGCUGUUCGGUUUUGUCAACUUUAUACUGUGGGCUGGAAACUGCUGGUUUGUUUUUAAAGAAACCCCUUGGCAUGCACAGACCACCAACAAGGAAAGCUCUGCUGAACAAGGAGCUGUUGCUGUCGAUAAGCAAUAAGGAACCUUCCCCUUCUCUCCUGAAGGCUCUUCUUCCCCCACCAAGAACAAAGAGUGCCUUGUCUUGCCUAUGCGUUCAUCCCAUUUCACAGCAAGGCAGGAAAUAUGUCUUCUCUGCCAUCUUUGCUGCUGUCUAAGAGUCAUACUGGCUUCCUCUGUGACUGUUAUGGAAUGUCUUUCUUCAACUGAAACACGAAAUCCUCUUGUGGUCCUAAACAUAGAGACUGUACACUGUUCCAGCAAAACUCUUCUUCCAUUUUUUAAUAGAUGUAUAUAACUGUACUGUACAUAGAAACUCUAGUCAUCAGUCUUAGGACGUGUCUUACUAUUUUCCUUUUUGACCAGAUUAUAAUGGGGAAAAAGUGGGCAGAAAUAUAAGAGCGUAGAGAGUCCAUAGACAUUAGUGUCACAGGAUCUGAGGCGCUUAGGCACAUUUUAGAGUAAGUACACCUUGUACAGUGUAGCCAUAAGAAAAGCAGAAAUAUUAAUACCUUUCUUAGCAGAAAAGUCAAAGCAAAAAAGCGGUGUUUUUUAUCUUUGGAUACACUGGAAGGUAGGAAGAAUUGUGUUGCAUUUCUUUCUUUUGCAUUCUAGAGUAAGAAUGUGCUGAAUAUCUUUCUGCUUUUCUUUAACUCGACAGGAUUAAAGUUUAACACAUUGUUUGCCUACUGGGGGCUAGUUUACCAAUAAAUGGCAAAAGCCUGUCCCCCAACCCCCCCCCCUUUGGAAGCCAGCAGUUUCCUCUGGUCAUACAUAGAUAACACUGUGUUCACAUUGAGCCACAAGUGCUGUUGCCAGAAUGCACCAGUUGUUGCCCUCUGUGUUCCUUCACCAUGUCUUAAACAUAUAUGGAAGGCAAACCUUUUACUACAUAGAAAUAGCACCAGUAGAAUAUUUUUGUCACUCCCUAGAUGAAAAUCCUAGACAUGUACUUUCCUGAGUUUUUGUUUUACCUUUAGAUGCAGUAUGGCUAGUGGUUGUGUGUGGUUUGUUUGUUUCAGUAUGCAAACCUAGAGAAAAUUUUCUGUUUCUAGAACAACUGGUUUAAGCACUAUGGCUUGAAAAGUUUAGGGCAUUCAUUUUCUGGUUGAAAAACAUGCUGAGGUGAGUUGGAAUUCUGUGGAAUUCUGUUCCAUUGGUAAGAAUGUACUGUGGUUAGUGACCCUAAUUCUGGCACAUCAAUCUACUGGUAGCAGCAGCAGCAGCAGCUGAGCCCUCCAUAUGGUUGUUGCAACCUGCCAAAAUCCUUUUAAACUCCACCAUGGCAAGAGACAGCUGGCAAUAGAAUUGUAUGGAACAUUUGAUGGAGUCCUGAGGCAUCCCAUGCUCUCAAGUGAACAUGGGAGUUUUAAAGGCUCCCUACCUGUCAGAUGAUGGGACCACCAAAGUGCAAGUUCAAGACAGUAUUAAAUUCAUCUAUUUUCCUGUUCCUCUUACAUCAUAGAUACAGUUUAAUCUGUUGUACAAACAAAUCAGGUAAUUCAGGAGGUCUGUCUCCCUGUCACUUUUUUCUUCCUUUUACUCAUCAUGCGAUUGAUACAAAGAAAGGGCUGGAGCCUAAACCCCAGUUUUCCCUGAACCCUUCUUAUUGCCCAUUUUUUGAAACCUGAGUAGAUAAAAAAGAAAUCCCCUCCCAUUCUUACAUCUCUGUGCUUCCUUAUAACUAGUUUUGGGUGGGGAAAAAUAACUAUUCAGGAGUGAGGUUCUGUAGCAGGAAGGGGGUAUGAGUUCUUUCUCUGAUGAAUUAAACUUUUCACAUCAGAUCUUGUCUGGUUUUGGUCUUUCUCCUACUAUCCUCUACUCCUUUCCAUGAUGGAAGAGAAUCUUUUGCUGAAGGAGAAAUGUUAUGGUGCUUCUUAAAGUGUGGGACCUCUAUUUUAAGCAGACCCCACUUUGUACUUUUUGUAAACUUUGCUCUUCUUCCCUAGUUAUAAUUAUUGCCAUUGCUUCUGCAUCAUACUUAUAUAACUCUGCAAUGAAGUUACGAACACUGACACAAACAGUCUUUUCCAUACUGUAACAUGUCUGAGUUCCUUUUGACAUAGGAAAGCCAAUAAGAAAAAUGCCAGAGCAAUAGACAGGAGUUUUCCCUUACGCUUCCACUGGAGUUCCGUUUAGAAUGAUCUUUCAUUAUUUGAAAAAGCCCAUUUAAAUCCAGUUUCUGACCACAAAGUAUUCCAUAACUGUGAAAGCCUAAACUGUAGUUUCUUGCAGGUUAGUGUGUUCUAUGAUUGCUCACUACAGGACAUCAAUCCUUUCACUAAAGUAACUGAAAAUGCAAACAUGCAACUUUGAGGAAUUCUAUCAACACUGAAUGCAUGCGCUAGUUAGAUACAUGAAUCUUCCAUUUUGUAUACACGCCUUAUUCCUUCUUUUAUGUUAUAAUUUGCUUACCACUUUAAAAGAUUUGUUCUGAGAUCCUCAGCUAGUAGAAAUCUGUCUAACAGUCUGAGUACUGCCACAUCAUACCAGUUGAAGAUCUGACCUUUAGGCAUGAGCUGCAGGCAAAGACUGAACAAUACUGCUUUAAACACUGGUAAAGGUUCCUGCAAAUGGAAAUUGUAAUUACACACUGUUGAUCAUGCUACAGGUUUUUCUCUUCCCAUGUGGCCAAAUUCUUGUGAGAUGAAUUGUUUCUGUAUUUAUUUGAAACAAUUAGAUGAUACAUAGUGUGGCCUAAUAGCAUUUGGCAUUUCCUGUAUGCACAGCAUAGGAGAAGGCUCUUACAAGUAGCUGAAGAGGCAGCAGGUGCGGGUUGCCUACACUCUUGUGGGUUUUCUACAUUUUUAUAUACCCAUUGUAGUGAGAUCACAGUCAUCCUGUGUGACUAACUCAUUAGCAUCAAGGCUGCAUGUUAGACAUGAUACAGCCCUCCUCUGUGAUAGAGGCUCACAAUGCAGGCUUAUACUGUAGUAGAUUAGGUGAGGGCCAACAGAACUGAUAUCUUAUACUGUACUAGCUUUGCAUCCCUCCCCUGCCCUGAGAGAAGGCCCAUGUCUGACAUCUGUUCUCUCUGCUUAGUGUUGGAAACUCUCUGGUUAGAGAUGCAUAAAGGAAAGAUACACUUAACUGCUUUAUGCAAUCUUGAAAAAGUCAAUUUCUACUGAAAGUGGAACAGAAACUAGCCUGGUUUGUCUGCACUGUCUCUUUUCUCAGGCAUUUACUGUUCUAGUAGCAAUAUGUUGCAUGUUCUUCGCUCCCUUUGGCUAUUGUGAAUAUGGCUUUAAUAAAGUGUCUUGAGAGUUUGCUGUGAGGGGCUGCUAGCUUUGGGCAGGUUUUAUUUGUGCUUGGCCACUGUAUACACUUGAUCUCUGUCCAAACUAUGUCAUAAAAUAUGAGUGUAUUUUCAGAGAUUUUACUACUGUACUGGCUAUCCUAAACUUGGGAUAUGCUGGAACUAAGUGUGUUUUGGGGCACUUGUAUAUUCUGUAUCAUCUAUAGUUACUCUAAUAUAAAUUGAACAUUAUGAUAAUCA